UUCCUUACUCGGGAGAGAGAGCGAGAGAGAGAUUCGAAGAAGGUUUGAUUUUUGAAUGAGAUUUUCCUUCUUAUUUUAACAUAUUUUAUUCUGUCUUCUUUGGUUCUUCCUCUGAACCAGAUUACAGCUUUUACAGUUCUUCUUCGGUUUUCAGAUUCUUCUGUUAUCCCUCGUUGUUAUCUUUGUCUUACUUUUUAUUUUUGAAUUAGGGGUUUAAACGUUUGAUGUCUUCUGCGUUUUGGGUAGCAAAAAAUAGUUGUAUUGUGGGUUACUGUUGCUUAUGGAGUAGAAGGGAAGUGAGCUAGUCCCCUGUUUUAUGUUCCAAAGAGAUAAAGAUCAAAAAGGGGGUUGAAGAUCAAGCUAUUGGGUUGCUUCUCAAAGAAAAAAAACAGUUCCUGGGUCCCUAUAGGUUGAUCUUUGAAGCUACUUACUAGACUUUCACGAUUCCUGUUUCAGGCAUUUCAGAACUUUUUCUUUUUCUUUGUAUACUAGUGUUUUAUUUCCUUCUCUUUUUAUUUUACAAGAUUUCUACGAGGCUAUACGUUCUCAGCUCUCACAUUGUUUCGUCUUACAGUCACAGAAGAACAGUGGAGUUGUCAUUCUCUUUGGAUGUUGAGGAAGAAAAGCCAUUUAAGGUACUGUAAUCUAUAGGUUGCUACCCAGAUAGAGACCAUGGUGGAAGAGGGAGGGGGAGAGGUUUUGGUAGACACCCGUCCAGCUGAAGAGUGGUUAUCGCGUGCCCAAGAACUUGUGCCUACAGCUCGUCAGAAAGCAAGGGAAACUAAAGGGUUCCCUGGUAGAUGGAAGAUGAUAAUUUCCAAGCUUGAGCAGAUUCCUUCUCGUUUAUCAGACUUGUCCAGUCACCCUUGCUUCUCAAAGAAUGCUCUCUGCAAAGAGCAAUUGCAGGCUGUGUGCAAGACACUGGGUGAGGCAAUUGAAUUGGCAGAGUUGUGCGUGGAAGAGAAAUAUGGGGGAAAGCUUCGGAUGCAGAGUGAUCUCGAUGCAUUGUCUGGUAACUUGGAUUUAAAUUUACGUGAUUGUGGGCUGCUGAUCAAGACUGGAGUGCUUGGGGAUGCUACCUUGCCUUUGGCUAUGUCCCGUUCAUCCACAGAGCCAGUGGCUGGGACGAAUUCAAAUAUAAGGGAAUUGCUGGCCAGGCUUCAAAUUGGGCACCUCGAGGCAAAGCACCAGGCACUGGACAUUCUUGUUGAAGCCAUGAAAGAAGAUGAAAAGACUGUGUUGGCUGUGCUGGGCCGGAGCAAUAUCUCAGCUUUAGUCCAAUUGCUCAUGGCAACUUCACCUAGGAUUCGGGAGAAAGCAGUCGCAGUUGUCUGCUCACUUGCAGAGUCAGGUAGUUGUGAAAGUAUGCUUGUUUCUGAAGGGGUGCUUCCUCCUGUGAUCAGGUUGGUUGAAUCUGGAAGUGCAGUGGGAAAAGAGAAGGCCACUAUUUCGCUCCAGAGGUUGUCCAUGUCUGCAGAAACAGCCCGUUCAAUCGUUGGGCAUGGUGGAGUUUGUCCUUUAAUUGAGAUCUGUCAUACAGGGGAAUCAGUUUCACAGUCUGCUGCUGCUGGUACGCUGAAGAAUUUGUCGGCUGUGCCAGAGGUGAGACAAAUUCUAGCUGAAGAGGGUAUUGUCAGGGUCAUGAUCAAUCUCCUUGAUUGUGGGAUAUUGUUGGGUGCUAAAGAGUAUGCUGCUGAGUGCUUGCAGAAUCUCACUACUAGCAAUGACAAUCUUAGAAGGUCUGUUAUCUCAGAAGGUGGAGUUCGGAGUUUGUUGCUUUACCUUGAUGGUUCAUUGCCCCAAGAAUCUGCGAUGGGUGCAUUGCGGAAUCUGGUGGGUGCAGUUUCCAUUGAAGUUCUUCUUUCGCUUGGUCUUCUUCCUCGAUUGGUUCAUGUGCUUAAAGGUGGAUCCAUCGGUGCACAGCAAGCAGCUGCAUCUGCCAUUUGUAAGGUUUGCAGCUCAACAGAAAUGAAGAGAUUGGUUGGUGAAGCUGGGUGUAUUCCUUUGCUUAUCAAACUGCUUGAGGCUAAAACAAACAGUGCAAGAGAGGUUGCUGCCCAAGCAAUCUCAAGCUUACUGACUGUUUUGCAGAACCGUAGAGAAGUCAAAAGGGAUGAGAAGAGUGUUCCAAAUCUAGUCCGGUUGCUUGAUCCAAUUCCUCAGAACACAGCUAAGAAAUAUGCUGUUUCCUGUCUUGGAUCUCUCUCCUCGAGCAAGAAAUGCAAGAAAUUGAUGAUCUCAUAUGGAGCCAUUGGCUACCUCAAGAAGCUGUCUGAGAUGGACAUACCAGGAUCAAAGAAGCUGCUUGAGCGGCUCGAAAGAGGAAAAUUGAAAAGUUUGUUCAGCAGGAAAUAGUUGGGGCUGGCUCUGAUUCUCCUUUGUGUAAUGAUGUAUCUUGAUCUCCAAAAUGUUUCAUUGUCUGUAUGAAACAAAGUAGUUAAUAGAUAUGAACUGGAAUGCUUAUGUUUUGGAUCCUCACUUGGAAUAACUGGUAAAUGUUCUUUGCGAAUACAUGAUUAUAGGUGAGAUUUUCUUCACUUCUUCAA